AGGGAGGAGGCAGCAGCUCCCGACAGCCAGAGAGAGUGACCGCGCACAGAUGCAUAUCUGCUGCGCGUCUCGCCGGUAUAGACUCACAGGAUCACAAGGCAGCAGCAACAGCCAUAACACAAAUACCUCCAGCAUCUUCAGCCCGCUGUGUGCAACCGACUCGACUCACCACCGUCUCCUUCGCGUUUACCAAGAGCCGCCAGCGAACGGGACGCGUGCUGUUGUUUUGAAAAUAUAUACAUUGUUUUAUAAGUCCAGUAUAUGUUAAUAAGUAACGUUUAACUGUGGUAGAGAGCAGCGUUUUUGUUUUAAAUUGCAUUGCCAGUCUGGCUCGAGUUACACAUUUAAAAAGAAAAGAAAAAUCAGCCUCAAAGUAACACGCGUUUCGGCUAACUAAAGUAUUGUACAUUUAGCGCAAAACAAAAGUGCGAAUUAACUCUUUCGACAAAUUACACCAGCUCUGGUGUGAAGCCUUUCCGGCCAACUGUAGCAAGCGCACAGCGAGACAGAGAGAGAGCGAGAGAAAAGUGUGCCACCGUGCGUGCGAUUAUCAAGAUGGGGCCAAUUUUGCGCGCUCGGGCACCCACGCCGCGUCUCCUCCUCCUCGUGCUCUCCGCCUGGUGCGGCUGCCUGCCGGUGGCGAGCGCCGCCGCCGUGGCCCACCAAACGGGUCGCACCUGCCGAGCCAACGGCAGCGUCUACUACGUGGGCGAGUGGUUCUUCCCGGACGCCGACCACUGCACGCAGUGCGAGUGCACGACCGAGGGUCCGGCGUGCGCGCGCACUGAGUGCGCCGCGCUGCCGCCCGCCUGCGUGCACGUGAGCCACUACCCGAGCGACUGCUGCCCGCGAUGCGAGCGGGUCGGCUGCGAGUACCGGGGACACGUGUACGAGCUGGGCCACAAGUUCCAGCCGUCCGCCUGCGAGCAGUGCACGUGCGAGCUGGACGGGAUCCCGCGCUGUCUGGUCGCCGACUGCGCUCCCCCUCCCUGCGUCAACCCCGUGUACGAGAAGGGCGACUGCUGCCCCACCUGCAAGGACGGUCCCAACUGCUAUGCGGACGCCGGCGGGCGGCGCGUGAUCCCCGGCGGGAGCCACGUGUGGCUGGACGAGUGCACGCGCUGCCGUUGCCACGAUGGCCUCGAGGCCGGCUACUGGGAGGGCAACCGCGUGGCGCGCUGCGAACGCCUCCGCAGGUGCGCGUCCGGCCAGCAGGGGGAGGAGGAAGCGGCCGAGGCGGCGACGGCGGUGGAGACGGGACGGCAGCAGCAGCAGGGAGUCCUCUGAAGAGUGCCACGAGGGGUUGCGUUCGUACGGUGGCGCCUUUCCCUACAUCGCACGGCGUUGCAACCAUUUGGCCGACUGGUGCGGCUGCAGACAUAAGCGACCCUACGACGUCAACACCGACGUCUGGGUUAUAUUAUUAUUAUUGUUGCUAUAGCGUUCCCACCUUGUCCUGGUUUUCUCCCAUAAUCGCGGCUGUGCUGGAAAUCCAGUAAACUGUUCCCCCUGGGGAAAGUUAAAAGUCUAGUUUUUUUGUCAGUUAUGUAAGAUUGCCACCACACGAGAUGAUGCAUUAACACGUGGUUCUCCCAUUUUCAGCUUAUACAACAUAUUAUUCUCACGAUAUGUUUAAGUGGUUUGUCCCUCAGAGAUGGCAAUCCGAAUCAUAUAAGUAGAACGACUGUGGAAGACGUCGCUAUUUCGUCGUAUUCAUUACUUAUGUCGCCCAGUGUUGGUGUGCGUGUGUGCAUCUUUGUGUGCGCGUGCAUCUUUGUGUAUGUGUGUGUAUGCAUCUGUAUCCCAUGUAGUGUAGUAGUUAGCGCACUGCACCACGAAUCCGGCGGCCUGAGUUCGAUUCCCGCUCACGGCCAACACCAUUGACGAUUAUUUGAACCGGUCCUGGGUCUCCCCGAGGUCGACUUAUCCUCAAAUGAGUAUCUGAUGAGGUGUGUAAAUAUCACCACUGCGGGGGGACAGAGUUGGCGUCCGGGCAUGGUGCUGCCCACCCCCUCGCGUGCCAGAGUGCCAGCCUUCAUAAAUGCUGACUAACAGCACUUGCCACAACAGUCUGUUAAUGCUAUAUGAGGGGAUCUUUGUGUUUUUUUGCGUGUCCCACGUUACCUUCAGCCCGGUCGGGGGGGCAGACGUCCUGGUAAGCAAACCGUGGCGAAGCUUAGUCUUGCCAAUAGCCUAAACGGACCCCGACCACUCCUGCUCCACGAAGAAGAGUUGUGCCCCGUGUGUCGACCGAGUGGGGUGGUCAAGGACACGGGGUUGUCUAACGUUGACUUCGUAAUCUCGGCCAAAAGUCGCCCCACUUCUACCGCAAAAAAAAACCUCUACCUUGGGAGUUUUUUUUCGCCUUCCCAGUUUCAGGUGGCAAGUGAUGAAUUUAUAAUCGGGAACUUUGUGGUAAUGUACAAACUCGUGACAGACUGUUGAGGCUUCCGCUGCGGUGCUCACCUCCGUUGAGUCAGCGGUGAACACUCCCCAUUCCCCAUGGUGGGGAGCCAGUCCUCUUUAAGGCAACCGCUUUCUAUAAUGGGAUCCUCGUUUUAUUGUGCUUGCAGAGGUGAGGGGCUAAAUUGAUCCCAGACUCGGGUGUGAACUCAUCCCCUUGAUUGUGAGAUGGAUUGUGAGUUGGAUGCUCAUUGCAGAAAAGCUGAGUGAACUUCGUUCCUACCUCCUGGAAGAAGCUCUGAUGAAGCUAUUGCCUCCGCAUUCCAAAUGUUCUAGGAAAGCACUUGGCCCGUAAUCAACUGAUGCUGGAAAAGCAAAGGUGGCAUUUUCCAGCAACCGUAUUAACCCACCAAUUGGAGCCACACAUGCCACUGUUUCCUAAACAUAACUCCUGUCCCACCACCCGACCACCUUGUGACGCAUUGUUCCGCACAUCCGAUCAGCACAGUUGGCUACAUAUGGUGCGAAAGUUCAACAUAUGAUUAUUUUAAUGGCUUAGUUGCCUAUCACUUCAUAUCAUUAGCCCCAAAGUUUCGCUACUCAGUAAUACACGUAUGUGAUGGGGUGGGGAAAAAAGGGAGAACGUUCAAUUGACAUUUUGUAUCCAUUCAUGCGACUUUGAGCCGUGCAAAAUACUGCACCACCUACCUCAUGGGUAUGGGUGCCCACGUCUCUCCAUCAUCAGCGGAAAAAAAUCACAAAGAACUUGUCGGUAUUUUAAAAAUUUAAGAUAUGGUCUAUGUUGUUGUUGUUGUCCGUGACGAUGGCAUUAUUGUGACAGUGCAACAAUGUCGAUAUAAAUUUUAGAGGAGUGUUACUAACGUUGACGACGACCUGUGAUGGGUGAUGAGCAGUAAGACAAACGCUGACCAGGUCGACUUGCCCAGCGGGCAAUUAGUGAGCACACCAGCCUGCCAGGGAGCCUGUUAAAAUCACACAGCACACAUCUUAGGUGUGGAAUGUUCACGCCAAAAUUAAAUAUGUAUAAAAACUUACAGCCACCUGGUAAAUGCUUACUGGCAGGGCUUCAUUUCAGUGCUAUACCUCCCGCUGCGGUUGUGGCUAUUAGUCGCGUGCCUACUCUAGGCAAAACUAUUCAGUAAGCCCUGCGCACAAGUGAUUUACUCCAGAGCACGGACAAUUUUCAUCAUAUGUGUUAAAACUAGGUUGCGAUAUGUUUGUGUCAACCACACUUUACAAAUGUGCAUAAACGCGCACCCUUUCUUCGCAUGGUACACUACAUUUCAGGGACAGCAGCAAUGCCACAAUUUCAUUUAACUGUGGCAUUGACCAAAUCUGCCUAUUGCAAAUAAAUUCUGAAAUCCCUUUUUGGGAAGUUUGGGAAUUCCAUUAUUGAGAGGCAUGUGCGAGGAAAUCAGAGUACCAGGAGAAAACUCCCACACAUGAGGGGGUAACACUCAAAAGCUCUGCACAGAUGGAUUUAAUAAUCUAUUUGCAACACGUUCCUUCGGAGUGGGCAAAUAGGAAAUAGGAACUUGGUUGGACAACGCAUUCGUGCGAUCCGUGUCACGCGGCACAAGCUGCGUGGGGCGGCACGUCACGUGGUGCUGAGCCCGCCCGAAGCGCUCUAUGAAAUACAAAUCGAGGGCGUGGCUAUGCACGACAGACAAUGAAUCCCUGGUGGGCAGUGUGGAACUGUUGUUCCUACCUGUAUUAAUUAUAUCACCUGACCAUCUUGUAGUCGAACAAGUAGCCAGCAAGAUUCAGUUUUCGAAAUGAGUUAUUGGUUCAAGGCCCGACACUAAAUGACUUUUGAGUUUCUCAAAUGUCAACGAUGACUUUUAGAAUGUUCAGGGAGUUCGAGGCAAUUCGUUCCACAAGCGCAAUAUUAUUUUGUAUAGAACAUUACGACUAUGAUGACAAUGAUGACGACGUGCUCCUGUGUUACCACUAAUGGGCAAAAUGUAAUUACGUGAAACUAAACUCUUGAAAAAGAAAUGCCAUGGUAGGCUUUAAGAUGAAUACCCGGGCACACUCCACAUUCCUCAGCGCUGUAAUAUUACGAUUUUAGAGAUUGAAUUAACAGUAUUAGACAAUAUUAUAUUAUUGUCAUCAUCUUCAUCAUCGUUUCACGUGCCCCUUGAAGCGUUGCUUGGCAUCAGACAAGGAUCCCCAAAAACGUAUGAGCCACUUGGCAUACCUUCGGGAAUCCGCAGAAAGUUUAUUUUCUGUGCUUUUACACACACGCAAUCGUUUUCACCCGUGAAAGCGUGAGUUUAAGACGACUCUUUGUACUUUACGCGAUCGCAGCCCUAAUUAAACGGCACAUUUUGUAAUGAUUGUGUCACGGUAAAGUAUGCUUUGCAUAAAUACUUAACUUUUUGUUUUCAAAUUGCCGACAAACUUAACUAUAAUAGAAUGCCUGCAACAUAAACUCUAAACGCAGCUCUGAUGCAGAGCUCAGAUAAUUAUUUUUUUUAUUUUUUUGGUCUUGAAGUGACAGUUAAAUUAGUAUAAUUUACUUUCUAAAAAUGAACGCCAUUGGUUGAACAGAAGGGCAAUUUUAGAUAUGAACUCUGGCGCAGGUCGCGGCUGGGCAGGGUAGCUCUCUAAAGUAUUCUGGGUUGUUACCGCGUGUUCUUUGGUAUGUGGUCCGACGUUUCACUCCACGUUCCAGGAGCUUCUACACGUAUUGCAUUAAAUUCAGUGCAGCGAAUCGUCCGACAUAAUGCCGAGCAACACGUUGUACAACCCAAAAGCACAGCUAAUAACACAACGUUUGUUUUUAGUUUGGUAUUCAACAAGUAAAAACAAAAGGAUUAAGCCCUACAUAUGGUGAUACAAAAAUAAUGCAAAAAAUUGGCUCUUUGAUCAAUACCACACUGGCCAGAAGUUACGGAAAAAGUUGUGCCCAGAAAUGUUUGUGGGCAAAAACGUUAACUGUUAACCGUUUAAUGUUUAUUUUUACAUGUGUCUAAGGUUACACAGAAUGUAUUGCAAGAACACACGUAUAGGUUUUGCUGUGAUGUGGCACAGCAGAUCGUGCGUACGUAGUUAAUCAAUAGAGCAGCAUAUGGUUUUAAUAUUCUUUUAUCUUAUUUAUUCCUUUUUUUUUACUUUGACAUAGUGCAUGUUCAAUUGUAAAACCUGUCAAUAAAUUGCAAGGAUACCUGGUCACCUUAUUGUGAAAAUCUUUUACAUUGCUUUAUCUGCUUAUCAAUCUAUACACAUUAUUCAUGUAAACCUGGCAUUUGCAUAAGUUUACACGUGCAAAUGUAUUGCUUGUCUAGUACAGCGUUGUCAUUAACAAGAUGUGAGCAACUGAACCGUCGAAGAAUAAAAUCCUUUGAAAAGCUU